CGCCCCGCCCUCCCCGGGCACGGCCCGGCCGGAGCGGCGGGAGCCGGGAAAGCCCGCGCCCGCCGCCGCCCGCCGGGCUCGCGCGGCGAGGAGGGAGGAGAAACUUUGCUUUUUAUUGUUGCUUUUCGUGCUUAAGUGCGAGGAACUCUGCCGGGAGGAAAAAUGUCCUUCUUCAAUUUCCGUAAGAUCUUCAAGUUGGGGAGCGAGAAGAAGAAGAAGCAGUACGAACAUGUGAAGAGGGACCUGAACCCCGAGGAGUUUUGGGAAAUUAUAGGAGAACUGGGCGACGGAGCCUUUGGGAAAGUGUACAAGGCUCAGAAUAAAGAGACCAAUGUUUUAGCUGCUGCAAAGGUGAUUGACACGAAAUCUGAAGAAGAACUUGAAGAUUACAUGGUUGAGAUUGAUAUAUUAGCAUCUUGUGAUCAUCCAAAUAUAGUCAAACUUCUAGAUGCCUUCUAUUAUGAGAACAAUCUUUGGAUCCUCAUUGAAUUUUGUGCAGGUGGAGCAGUGGACGCUGUGAUGCUUGAACUUGAGAGACCAUUAACUGAGUCCCAAAUACAAGUAGUUUGUAAACAGACUCUAGAGGCUUUGAACUACUUACAUGAUAAUAAAAUCAUCCACAGAGAUCUGAAGGCUGGCAACAUUCUUUUUACCUUAGAUGGAGAUAUUAAGUUGGCGGAUUUUGGAGUAUCAGCUAAAAACACAAGGACAAUUCAAAGAAGAGAUUCCUUUAUUGGCACACCAUAUUGGAUGGCUCCUGAAGUAGUCAUGUGUGAAACAUCUAAGGACAGACCCUAUGACUACAAAGCUGAUGUUUGGUCCCUGGGUAUCACUCUAAUAGAAAUGGCUGAGAUAGAACCACCUCAUCAUGAAUUAAAUCCAAUGCGAGUGCUGCUAAAAAUAGCAAAAUCUGAGCCCCCUACAUUAGCACAGCCAUCAAAAUGGUCUUCAAAUUUUAAGGACUUUCUAAAGAAAUGCUUGGAAAAGAAUGUGGAUUCCAGGUGGAAUACAUCUCAGCUACUGCAGCAUCCUUUUGUUACGGUUGAUUCCAACAAACCAAUUCGAGAGCUGAUUGCAGAGGCAAAGGCUGAAGUAACAGAAGAAGUUGAAGAUGGCAAAGAGGAAGAUGAUGAUGAGGAAACAGAAAAUUCUUUGCCAAUACCUGCAAGUAAGCGUGCCUCUUCUGACCUUAGUAUUGCCAGCUCUGAAGAAGAUAAACUUUCACAAAACGCUUGUAUUUUGGAAUCUGUUUCUGAAAAAACAGAACGUAAUACUUCUGAAGAUAAAUUUAACAACAAAGUUCUUAAUGAAAAACUUACCACAGAUGAACCUGAAAAAGCUGCAGAGGAUAUUAAUGAACAUAUUAAUGAUGCUCACUUAGAAGCUAUGGCUGAACUUGAUAAUAGGACAAUAGUAAUCAAGGAAAAUGGCAGAGAGGAGAAGAGACCCAAGCUUGAAAGUCUGCCUGAUACAGAAGACCAAGAAACAAUGGACAUUAAUUCAGUCAAUGAAGGAAAAGAGAAUAAUAUAAUAACUUUAGAAACAGAUAUUGAACAGAGUCUGAAACCUGAGGAAGAAAAGGAUCAAGAAAAGCAACAGAUAUUUGAAAAUAAGAUUAUAAAAUCUGAAGAAAUUAAAGAUACUGCUAUUCAAACAAUGGACUUAGUUUCUCAAGAGACUGGAGAAAAAGAGGCAGACAUUCAGGCAGUUGAAAAUGAAGUUGCACUUACAAAGGAAGACACCCAAGAGAAAUUGGGAAAGAAUGACAAAACUCCAGAAGAAGUGAUCAGCCAUAUAAGCGAUGUCAUAGGAACAAAUGAGGCAAGAGACGUUGCCCAGAAGGCAGUUGAAAACAAUGCUGAGGAUGCUCAGAGUAAUGAUGGGAAUGAAGUGGUUGAAGUAGACCAGAAAUUAGUAAGUAAGCUCACAGAGGGUCCUGAGGCUGGUGGUUCUGAGGAAGUUCCUUUUAAAGACAUAGUGGAAACUAAGGAGAUAGAUCAGAAGUCUUUGGAAGAUAAAGAUGAAGAACAGUCACUCAGCAGUUUAGAGAACAUAGUGAAAACCAGUGAGGAAUCUGGCACAAAUGAAGGUGAGGAAAUUACUGAGUCCAGUAGCACUGAAGAAAUAGAGGUCAGACAUGCAGUAAUUUAUACUGACCAAGAGGCUUUAGGAAAUGAAACUCCAGAUGCUCAUGAAGCUACUGCUCAGAUAGAUACAGAGCAAAAAGCGAUUCCAUGUGAAGUGCCAAUUGAAAGAGAACCUCCCGUGACUUCCUCUUCACAGCCUAGUGAACCUCAGCCUGUUCCAAUACCCAGUAUAAAUAUCAACUCUGAAGAUGCAGAAAAUAAAGGGGAAAUAGGUGCUUUAUCAAAAACUGAAGCCAUGUUGCUUCCAGAAUCUGAGAAUCAAAAGGAAAAUGAUACUGAUUCAGGCACUGGUUCCACCGCUGAUAAUAGCAGCAUUGACUUAAAUUUAUCCAUCUCUAGCUUCCUAAGCAAAACUAAAGACAGCGGAUCAAUAUCUUUACAAGAAACAAGAAGACAAAAGAAAACAUUGAAGAAGACCCGCAAAUUUGUUGUUGAUGGCGUAGAAGUGAGUGUAACCACGUCAAAGAUAGUUACAGAUAGUGAUUCCAAAACUGAAGAGUUGAGGUUUCUUAGACGUCAGGAACUUCGGGAGUUAAGAUUCCUUCAAAAAGAAGAGCAAAGAGCCCAACAGCAGCUCAAUAGCAAACUGCAACAACAACGAGAACAAAUUUUCCGGCGCUUUGAGCAAGAAAUGAUGAGCAAAAAGCGUCAAUAUGAUCAAGAGAUUGAGAAUCUAGAAAAACAGCAGAAACAGACUAUUGAACGUCUAGAACAAGAACACACAAAUCGCUUGCGAGAUGAAGCCAAACGCAUUAAAGGAGAACAAGAGAAAGAGUUGUCCAAAUUUCAGAAUAUGUUAAAGAACCGAAAGAAGGAGGUUAUAAAUGAAGUGGAGAAAGCACCCAAAGAGCUGAGAAAAGAGCUCAUGAAACGCAGGAAAGAGGAGCUUGCACAAAGCCAGCAUGCUCAGGAACAGGAAUUUGUUCAGAAGCAACAACAAGAAUUAGAUGGCUCUCUGAAAAAGAUCAUCCAACAGCAGAAGGCAGAACUGGCCAAUAUUGAAAGAGAGUGCCUGAAUAACAAACAGCAGCUCAUGAGAGCUCGAGAAGCUGCAAUUUGGGAGCUUGAAGAACGACACUUACAAGAAAAACACCAGCUGCUCAAACAGCAACUUAAAGAUCAGUAUUUCAUGCAAAGACAUCAGCUACUUAAGCGCCAUGAGAAGGAAACAGAACAAAUGCAGCGUUAUAAUCAACGACUUAUUGAGGAAUUGAAAAACAGACAGACUCAAGAAAGAGCAAGACUGCCUAAGAUUCAGCGCAGUGAAGCCAAGACUCGAAUGGCCAUGUUUAAGAAAAGCUUGAGAAUUAACUCAACGGCCACACCAGAUCAGGACCGUGACAAAAUUAAGCAGUUUGCUGCUCAAGAAGAAAAGAGGCAGAAAAAUGAGAGAAUGGCUCAGCAUCAGAAACAUGAAAAUCAAAUGCGGGAUCUUCAGUUGCAGUGUGAAGCCAAUGUCCGAGAGCUGCAUCAGCUGCAGAAUGAAAAAUGCCACCUAUUGGUAGAACAUGAAACUCAGAAACUCAAGGAAUUAGAUGAGGAACACAGCCAAGAAUUAAAGGAAUGGAGAGAGAAAUUGAGACCUAGGAAAAAGACACUGGAAGAAGAGUUUGCCAGGAAACUGCAGGAACAGGAGGUGUUCUUUAAAAUGACUGGGGAGUCUGAAUGCCUUAACCCAUCAGCACAGAGCCGGAUUUCCAAGUUUUAUCCUAUCCCUAGCUUGCAUUCCACAGGGUCGUAACAGUAGGAAGCAGUCUGUGGUUCGGUUUGGCUUUUUAAAUAUGUCAUUCUGUUCUCUUCAUCUUCUGCCACAAUCUAUAUCAGAGAGCUUAUGAAGACAAUCACCUGCCUCACCUUCUAGGUGUUUUUUGUUUAUUUGUUUGUUUGUUUGUUUAGCAAAGAUGAAGGGAAAGGAACCGUGACAGAUGCUAGGCCAUGUUGGCGAAGUGGCAUCUUGCAGUAAUUCCCUAAGGUGAUUUUGUAUAUUAAUCUUAAAAAUUGUGUUCUUUAGACACUGUUAGGUGAAAUACUUUAGAAAUAAAAUGUUUGAGGUGUUUGUUUUUUUUUUUUAAAGCUGUUAGGUCACUGAGUAUUAGUGAAUAUCUUUUUACCUGACCUAACUUCUCAGUGAUGCCUAAAUUCUGUAGUUGCAACUCUGCUGUAGAGAGUUGGAAUAAUUUUAUUUUGGUGAAUCUGCUCUCAUGAAAAAGCUAUGAGUUGCUCAAAAUACCAUAUUGGUUGAGUAAAUAAAUCUAUUUUAUCUUUAAAUAGCAACAAACUUUUUAAAAAGAAACAUUAUUUCAAUAGUUUGUCUAAAAUAAUUACUUUCAGUCAUGAGCUAAAAAUUAAGGGUGCUAGUUUUAUUAAAAUAGUGCCUAAAACACUAAAUUUCAUUGGAGUCUAAAGUAGGAUUUUCUCUUGAUUCAACAGGGACAAACAUCCUUAGCAUUAAACAUUAUUGUAUUUUAAGUCUUGCUCCUGUUACCAUUUGAUGAAAUUUCCAUCCUAAAAUCUAUGUUUUGCAAGGUUGGAAAGAUGUAAAAAAAGUAGCUUUUAGAUACUGAAAUUCGGCAUGUAACACUCACCAAAUUAAAAGUAUAGACUUAGCAUUCCAGCUCAUUUCCUAAAAUAGUCUGUGAGCUGGGCAAGGGACCUCUUCCAUCCUAGCACACUUCGUCCAUUGAAGGCUCUGCAGGCUCUGCGUUAAAUGUACUUUUUGAAAUUAAUCUUAAAAGAGGCAUUUGUUCAGAAUACUUUUUCAGAAAGCAUUUAAAUAAAAUACUUAGGCAACGUCAGAAAUGACUGUGUUGUUGAGAGAAAGUCAUUUGUAUUUUGGUUUUAUUUAGUUCCAUGUUUAAAUUAUUUGAUUUGAAUGGGAAAAGCCUGACACCUUUACCAUCUGGUUGCUGAUAUGUGUAAUUAUUAAUGAAAUGUUCACUCUUGGUCCCUCUUGCGGCUUAGAAUUCCAAGCCCGCGUCAGGUCAAGCAGUAUUAUGAAAUGUAGUUGGGUCAGUGAGACGGCACAUUUGUAAAUCAUGCUUGCUGCUUGCCACUUCCAGCCUGUUCUCUUCGAAGAGUACCAGGUACCAAGUUGUGGAAGUUUCAUUUUUUAGUUACGUUACGUUUGAGGCUGGUGAAAAAUUAAAGAUUAAUUUUGUGGGAACACUGAUUCAUAUUAAGAAAAUGUAAAUAUGUGUAGUAGCACUUUCUUGCAGUUAAUUUGAAAACUUUGAAUGCUGAACCUUAUUUUGUCAGUGGUUUAGAUGAUUUAAAAAUGCAUGUGUGAUUUUAAUUUUGUAAUUGUUUUGACAAGCAUAAUUUCUUGGACAACUUUGUAGGUAGCCUUAACUUCUGGCCAAGUUUGUUUUUUAUAGAAGUAUAUAUACAUAUAUAUAUAUACAUAUAUAUAUAUUAUGUAUGGUUGUAAAUUCAUACACUUAUCACAUUGAAUGUGUUGCUGUAUACAAAACUCUUUUAAUGCUUUAUUCUCAAAUGCUGGGUUGAAAAAUGUUUUGAAAGCCUUUUAAAGUAUAUAUCUUUAUAAAGUAAUAUUCAGGAUGAUGAUGGAAAUUGUUUAUAUUAUUAUGAUAAAAAUGACAUUAUAAUGUUACCCAAUGUAUUUAAUGAUUUAUUUGCAGAGGGAGAGAGGAGGAAGGUUCUUACUACUCUCUCCUUUGAAAUUUUCAGUUUAUUGGCUUUAUAAAAAGAAUUCAGGUAGUGGACAUUUUUUCAGUAUCUUUUAAAGGAUAUCCUGUGUGCUAAAUAGCUUGUGGCACAUAAUCAAUUUAGUCUGAAUAUUUGAUUCUUUUUAUUCUUUUCAACUUGUCGUGAGAGUAUUGAAUAAAGAAAAGAGGCUCAGAGUAGAAUGGUUGACACUCUGGUAAAUUUAUUAGCAAAUCUUGUAAAACCCUUAAAACUGCCCUUUGGAUUCAGUGUCCUUGCUGGAGUUCUCUUUCAUAUAUAACCAUACUCAUGUGGGUGCAGGACUGCAAAAUGAUACAUACGUAGAGAUGAACAAUUCAUUUUAACGCUUAAGUUACAUAAAUCUUUGCAAAAAGCAUUUUGUUACAGAAUAUGCUGUUUUUACCCGUCCCCGCUCACUUCUUGUUAAGCCCUAUAUUCAAAUAGAUAAUAGUGGUCAUUUGUUCUUGCAUGAAGUGUAGGUGGAGAACUGGGGACGGGCACAGACUUCUUUGAAGUCAAAGGGUACAGUCAGAUCCAUUCCGUUUUUGGUGGUGGUGUUGCUCUGGCAGGAUGUGCUAUGAAACACAUCAAAGAAAGUCUGUGUGUGCCCCGACGCCAGCCUCCCUCUUCUCCCUGCGUGCUCUGAACACACCGCACGCCACACUUCUGCAGGCCUGGCUCCAGAGCCAGUUGCACCGGGUUGCCUUUCCUAGUCCUGUCCGUCUGUAGUUGAGUGUGAACUGCUGAGUUAGCUGCUAUUCUUUGUGGAGUCACAAUUAAGCUUUUCUUACCCUUUCCAGUGGGCAGUCUGUGGGGAGUGGGGGGUAAAGAGGAAAUUGAGAGUGCUUAUACUUUGUUGAAAAUAUUAGAACUUUCCUGUGACAGGACAUGGCAAAUUGUAAUUAAAUAUAAACCGAACCAGAGCUACCUCUAAGUAGUGUUUCCUCAAGCACAAAGCUCUCAGGCAUAUGAGACCCGCUGUAACGGAGGGUCUCUGAUUUCUUGAGCAUCAGCGAGUUCAGAAGUGACUGUCUUUUGUACUCUGUUAGUUCCCUGGUGACUACACACUUUCUCCCAUUCCACACUGUGCUUAAAUGACAAAGACUCUUCUGAGAAGCCAAAUUCUGUCCGAGAUUAGCUAUAGAUAUUGAUUACAGGAGAGCUUAGAACUGGCGUGGAAGAGGAGUUACUUUAGCUCCAGUUCUGAGAAUCUUCUGAUGAAAUACAUCACUUCUUUUCAAGGAGACGAUCUUUUAUAGGAAAUGGGAUAUUUUAAAUGCUUUUCUUGAAGGCUCAACAGUUAAUGUCUCUAUUGUUGCUAGUCUGUGGCUGACAUGGUUUUGACAUGGCUUUAAAAUUUCUGCUAAGCUUGAGUAGAAUGUUACACCAGUUUUAAAUGUUGGCUGCAGCUUUUGGUGAUCCUUUGCUGAUUUUUUACAGUGUAAUAACCUCAUAAGCUGUUUUCAAAAUGAAUUUUGUUUCUGAUUAUGCCUCUUGUCUAUUUGGGAGCAACAUGUCUUUUCAAUCAUGGGAUUGACAACUGAAAAAUAAAGUUAUUUCUUAAUCUA